UGCAGGCAAUUCUCCUGAUUACAAAUAUCGCUGUUACAUUACGAUCUUUCAAGAAUUGAAUAGAAAAUUAAUGCGGUUACGCAGGAAAAUCUAUAAUCCGCGAUUUUCUGAAGUAUGUAAAAGGCAUACAUCUUCACAUAUUUAAUUUAUAGAAUAUCAUCCAAAAGAGUUUCAGCUGGCUCCGAUGUAUGUCAAUAAAGCUUUCAAAGAAUCGCUGUUUAAAGAGAUGGAAGCAAUUCUUCUGAUUACAAAUAUCGCUGUUACAUUAAUUGAGAUUUUUCACCAGGAAUUGAAAAGAAAAUUAAUGAAGAUGGUUACGCAAGAAAAUCUAUCCGACAUUUUCUAAAGUCUGUAAAAGGCGUUAUAGAUUUUUACAUAUAUAAUUAUAAUAGAAUGAUCAUACAAGAGAGGUUAAGUUGGUACCGAUGUAUGUUAAGAAAGCUUUGUUGGAAUAUAAAAUUGAGUGAUCUAUCAAUAAGAAAAUUGUUUAUUUUUUGGUGAUAUUUAACGUAAACCGAAAUGUAAUUUUUCCACAAAAUUUUUGAUUUGUAUAGAUUACGACAUGCCAUACCAAAUGAUUUAUACUUUGUUGUAAAAAAUUUGCUUCAUAUUCUUGUUACGUUCAUCGGGAAUAAAAAAAUGUUUCUAUAGAAAUUUUUUAAGAUGGGACGGAUAGGACGGCCUUGUAAGGUUUCUAAUCGAGAAGCAAUUCUGCUAUUUCAGAAAUAUAUGCAAUAUUUGAAUACCAAUAAUUUUCCUUCGAGUUCUGCAAAAGUUUGGAAAGACAUGAGCAAAGAGCUAAAUGGAAGAUGGAAACCGCAUUCAGUUUAUACACAUGUGACAGAAAAUAAAAAUGUGAAUCUUCAAGCAGCUCGUCAGAACUUGGAUAUAAAUAUCCAACCUCCUAUGUUCAAAACCGUCGAAGAUGUUACCAUUGAGGAAUCAUCAGGGAAUUCUGAGUUGGAUGAAUCAUUUUACCACGAUGACGAGAAUGAAGGCGUUGAUGUUGAUUUCUUCCCUGUAGUUCUUUCACCUACGGAGUGGGAACAAAUAAAGCCCGAGCAGAUUUCUAAUCAAAAAAGGUUAAAAUCAUGGGUUUGGCCAAAUGUAAUCACAAAAGCAUUUUGGAAUAUGUACAAAUUUCCAUGUGCUUUUCUGGGUAAAUGGUCGUACGUGCGCAUAGAACUUGAGGACGUAAAUAAAAAUAAUGUUGAAUCUUCCUCUGAUUUCUAUUUAAAGUUUAAAGGAUUAUGUAAAAGCAAGAAAUUUAGUAACAAAAUUGUUGGUGUUGCCGACAAAAAACCUGUCAAUGGAAAACUACACUUAAUAAUCAGAACACGUGAUACUCGUAAUGAUUAUCAUGAAGAAGUUAAGAGACAUUGAAUGGUCCCGAAAGGAAAAUAAUUGGACGAAAAUUAAAACAAAAAAGAGCCGCAGGAUAUCGGCAAAAAUUACUUGCGGAGAAUAUGGAAUUUGGAGAGAACGAACCACCGUGGGUACAAAAAUGUCAUAUUUACAGACAAGCAAAGAUGGAAAGUAACAAGGAAGAUCUCGGUAUUAAAUUAGGCGAAAAAAUGGAUAUGAUAACAAGCAUCCGUAAUAUGUUACGAGACAUCCGAUACGGCAAUUCUAUCCACGAUAUUGGAGCAAAGAAGUUUUACGUUUUUUACUGCAGCCCAGAACAAAUUUUUGUAGAAAAAGAAUACUGCCGAAUAAAGAAGGGAUUUUCCCGAAUUUGUUUAGAUGCCACGGGUAAAGUGGUAAAAAAGUUUGAAAUUUUUUCAGGGCGAAAAACUGGCCACAUAUUUUUAUACACAAUUACCAUCAAUUUUGAGGGUAAAACUCUUCCUGUGUAUCAAAUGUUGUCAGAAAAACAUGACGCAGAUUUCAUCACGUAUUAGCUUCAAGAAUGGAUUCGAACAUGUAAAGCAACAAUACUAGAUGAAGCUAUAGCUGAUUUAGGACGUGCUUUAUUAUUGGCCAUGUGUGAAGCAUUUAACCGCAUGACACUAAAAGAAUAUGUUGACGUUUUAUUCAAAUGGGCAACGAAAGACAGUCAUAAAAUACCUCGUCCAUUUAACACUCUAAUAAGAGCGGAUGUGGCUCAUUUAAUGGCUGCUGCCGCUAGGUGGAAAUGUAUUAAAGAUCUACGCCAUCCUGCUGUUAAAGGUUUCUAUCUUCGUACAAUUGCUUUAAUGAUUGACUACCAAACGGUGCAAGAGUUUGAACAUGUAUUUCGAUUGACAAGUAUUGUUGCAUUACAUCCUGAUCAAGAUGACAGUGUAAUGGUGUCAGAAAAACAAAUGUCAGUUUUUGAAGCUAGACGCCUUCUGGAGGAGUACAUCAGUGAACGUGGACAGAUUAUCAAGAAAUUAUAGACAUCGAAAGAGAACGUCGAAAUUGAUGACAAAGUAGAAAAUACUUUGAAUUUAGCUGAAGAAAAAGAUAAUGAGAAUUUAACCCUCACUCAUCAAUGGAUCAAAAGGCUUAUUUCCAUUUCAACACCUUCUAAUCAGCAAAAGCAGCUGGAGUGCAAGGCUGUAAAUGGUUUUUAUCUUCCGGAAUUCAUACAGCUACUUGAACGAAUUGCCAAAGAGUUUCCUAUAUGGACUGCAGCAGCUUUUCCUGGCAUACAAUCACAGCUUCUCAAGAAGGAUAUUUUGCUGAAAUGAAGAAAAGAAUUUUCGAAGGUAUUGCUUUACCGUGUUCUGCAAUUCGAUUUUUGAAAGAGCAUAUUAAUGACUUAUAUUCUGGCACUAAUGAGGUAGCAACAAAAUUGAAACAUUUUAAUCACAAUUAUAGGCAGCUGGUACCAACGACGUAUACAUCAGAGAAAGGAUUAGGAUCAGUCUCGCAAAAACCUGCUCGAACUCAACAUUCAACCGCUAAAAGAUCAGAAUCAACUCGGCAAAAAGCUGUUUCAACUUCGUGUUCAUUUGACGAACUAAGAUUCUUGUCGCAAGGACCUGCACCAACUUCAUGUUCAUUUGACAGUGAAUUAGGAAAUUUUUUACAAGAUCCAACUCCAGCUGCAUGUAUAUCAUCAGAUCAACAUUCAGAAUUCUCUCCUCAAAUGUCCGUACCACCGCAAUGUUCAGCAGAUAUUGAAUCUUCAGUACGAAAACCGAUAUUAAAUUCAGCAGACGGAAAAGUAAAAUCCUCAUCGCAAAAGUCAAAUAUACAUAUGAAUUUCGAUUCAAUAAGUUUAUUGCGCGAAAGGGCUCGCAUGGUGAAUGACUCUGAUUUGAAGAGUAGUGAAGCGUGGAAAGGAUUUGUCAAUAAAAAUAGUUUUUUUGCAGACGUUAAUGAACAAAGUCCUGAAAACCAAGAAAAAUCAAAAAAUAUUCAAGAUACUUCUGAAAUUCUUUCUGAAUUACUCGAUUUUGAAAGUAAUAACAACGCAAAUAUUAUUAAUCGAAACUACCUUUAUAUUCCAAACAAUAAUAAUACUCAUAAUUUUCCUACAAAUUAUAAGAAAGACAAACUUUUUGUAAAAAACGAAUCCACACUGACUGCUGAAUUAUUAACGUCAAAACCUAUUUUUACGAGUACGCCAUUAAUCGACCAUAAUUACACGAAAUCAUUAUCAGAUAAGAAAGAAGUAUCAACUGAACUGUAUAAAAGUGACAAGGAAAAUUUGAAUCCAAAAUGUAAGAACAAACCUGCGAAAGUGGGUUUCUAUUUUCAAUCAUAUCCACAAAUACGAUUUCUCAACGAGAGACUGGAUAAUGGAGGAAAACGAGGUUUUCUUUUGAAGAAUGGGCUAAAAUUAGGAAUUAUAAAAGUUAAUAAUAUUGCUGUAGAUCUUCAAAAAACUUGUGGGUUUGAUGCUAUCAUUCAUCUAUUGCAAUUUGGUGCGCUUUAUGAUUCUCAAUAUCAUUUUUGUAUACAGUAUCGACUAAUCGCGCAUUAAAAUUUGUAUGCAAAUUUAUGAAGAUUGGUCCAACUAUAGAGGUGCUUCGUGAACGAAUUAUUCUUUUAAAUGAAUUUUAUCCGCUUGUAAAAGUUUUUGAAGCUCCGUCUAUCAAACCACACAAGUUGAUUGCAGAAGACCUGAUUACUGUGAUAUGGAAGAAUCUUUUUUGUUGUUCCGAACCGACUGAGCCAAGUGCAAUUAGAUCGUCUAAAUGUAACAAUCCGAAAUGUACAUCAUCAUUGCCAAAGGAUAUUGCAUACUUUGAAACAAAUAGCAGAAUAAUCAAUACCAAAGGUAUUCAAGCAUUGCAAGACGCAGUAUUAUUUCAUGAACAUUAUUACAAUAUUAAAUGCCGACAAAAAGAUUGCCCAGGAGUAGUUACUGAGACCACUCGUCCACAUUUCCAUAUCUUUAUUGAUUUUGAUACGAGAACACAUCGCAAAAAACAUGGGCUAAAAUGCAAGUUAGCAGAUGUUCCAGUUACAUUGACUUUUGUAAAACAGUACCGAUUAAUAGGUGUCAUUGAACAUAUUCCUGGUCACUUUAUUGGCUACUGCCGAAAACCUUCAGGACGAUGGUUGAAAUGUGAUGAUAUGCAAUUAAAUGUUGAAGCAUGUGAUGAGACAACCGUAAUUUUAGUAAUCGCGGCUAUUUAUGUAGCUAUGCAAUAUAAUGAGUGCAA